AUGUCGGUCGGCCGAAAAGUUUUUCACUGCGUCGUUGACGAUACCGCGCUCACUACCAAUAUCAGCGAAAUCAAGAAGUGGACUUCGUCCGGCGCCAUCACUCUUAUCGUGCCACUCUACACCCUUGAGCGCCUCCGGGCGUUGAAGAAAUCCGGCUCUCAGAUCGGCAUGAAUGCUCGUGAAGCCGUUCGAUUCCUGGAUCGGGUGACGUCUGGCAAACAUGACAUUCCAUCCUCAAAAAUAGCACUCCAGGGCCCUAUGGAACAGUUUGAGACAUGGGAAGAAGCAGAAAAAUACUUUCUUCCGGAGUUUGAGGAAGAGCUUGAAGAUCUCUCGGAGAGUGAUUUCGAUGCUAAUGAGAAGGAAACACGCAAGGACUUGGAGAGCGGUGACUCCAAAUCUGAGCACACGGAGGCUAAAAGUCUUAAUGAGAUGUCCCAAAUGCUUCUGAGCAAACUUAAUUUUAAGAAGGAACCUGAUGCGGUUUCCAUAACUUCCGGCGGGACUCGCAGCCAUGCCGCAUCCCUCGCCUCGGGAAGUUCUCAAACAAGUCCCGAAUGUAAGGCUGCCAAGCUCGCUGCAAAUCCUGCGCUAUCAUCGAAUACCAGGAACUCCUUGGAUGGACACCGCCGCUCUACCUCUGGAUCUUUUAUACCGUCGGUGCCAGUUACCAUCAAACCACUACUUAUUGCAGUUCUCUGGCGCCUGCACUGCCAAUCCGGCGCGACACCAGGUGUAAACAGCUGCAUUCUUGUUACAAACGAUCGAAUCACGCAGACAUGGGCCCAGAAGUUUGGCAUCACAACAAAAAAUAUCCACCAACUGCGCACAGCUAUCAUCUACGAGGAGAAAGAAUUCAAAAACCACUGCAAAUACAUUGAAAAGAACCAAACUACGGAACCCGAGCGACUGCUUUCAUACCAAAACGAGAGUGAUGAAGAUGUGCUCGUAUUCGUGCCCCGCAGGCCAGGAAAAUCUGCCUCUCGGGGCACAACAGUUAAAAGACCAGCCACUCGUAAAGUUACAGCAAGUGAUCGAAUUUCUAAUACUAGUACGAAUGGCAGUAGCGUCAGAACAAACGCACAAAUUGUUCCUGAGGCUGUUGUUGAAGUGCCAUCUGUCCCCAUCGAUCCUAAUUCUUUCAGCCGCAAUUUUGGCCCCGCGAAGCCAAGCCCUUCUGCAGAAGCCACCACACCCAACGGAAAUGCCUCACGAGGAUUUGUUAGUUCUAGCCCAUGCGGACCACGCCGUGGAGCUCCUCGUGUCCCCCCGCCUCGUGGCUCUACUCGAGGCCGUGGCAAACUCUGGGUUCCUUGA